CGUUAACACCUCCACUCCGUACCAGCCAGUUCGAACACGCAGUUUAGAAGUUUUAUACAGCGUCCUUAUACGGCACACUUCAGCUCUGAAAGCGGCCUGAGUUAUCACAGAGAAAUUACCCGCCCUUUAAAUGACGAUCGAAAUGGUUACAAGGGUAAUUUGGCUAUUGCUGCUGUGCUCAUUCACAACUGUGGGAUUUUGCAGUCGGCCGAACAUAAUUCUCAUUGUGGCCGAUGAUCUGGGCUGGGAUGACGUUAGUUUUCACGGCUCGGAAAUCUCCACACCUAACAUUGACGAGCUGGCCAGGAGCGGAAUUAUUCUCAACAACUAUUACGUACAGCCGAUAUGUACACCUACACGAAGCACCAUAAUGACCGGGAGACACCCAAUACAUACAGGUUUACAGCAUUCGGUAAUACUGGCACCUGAACCGUAUGGAUUGUCAUUGGACGAGACAAUCAUGCCACAGUAUUUGAACAAGUUAGGAUAUUCAUCUCAUAUUGUAGGAAAAUGGCAUCUUGGAUUCUUCCAAAAAGAAUACACUCCCACAUAUCGAGGCUUCAAAAGCCACUUCGGAUACUGGCUGGGAAAGGAGGACUACUUCGAUCACGUGGCAGAAGUGGUAUGUAUGUACUCAGGUUUGGACUUCCGUCAGGAUAUGAACGUGGUGCGGAAUGAGAACGGAAGCUACAGUACGGAACUCUUCUCGUCUGCUGCUGAGAACAUCAUCCGCUCUCACAAUACCUCUGAGCCUCUGUUUCUGUACUUGGCUCACCAAGCGGUCCAUGCCGGAAAUGGUGGCAAAGACAAGGCAGUGGAAGCUCCGGCCAAAUAUGUCAACAGGUUUCCGAAUAUCCAAAAUGAAAAGAGACGAGUCUUUGCGGGCAUGGUGUCAGCUCUCGACGACUCCGUGGGUAACGUCACUCGGGCGCUACGAGAAACUGGAAUGAUGGAAAACUCUGUUAUAAUUUUUACCACGGACAAUGGAGGACCAGCCAAUGGGUACGACGGGAAUGCUGCCUGUAACUAUCCCCUCAGAGGUUUAAAGAACACCAUGUGGGAGGGAGGGGUCCGAGGAACUGGAUUUGUGUACAGCCCUCUUCUGCAGAACACAGGCUAUGUCUCCAGUCACAUGAUGCACGUGGCGGACUGGCUGCCCACGAUCUACAGGGUGGCGGGCGGAGACCCCAGUGAAAUGACGACAAUAGACGGCUAUGACAUGUGGGACGUUCUCAACUCCCGUGGGGCUGACGUCAGGAAGGAGAUUCUUCACAACAUCGACCCCAUCCAGAACUUCUCCUCGAUUCGCGUUGGCGACUUUAAACUGGUCACGGGGGACAUAUCCAACGGGCGUAACGAUGGCUGGUAUGGAUGCACGCCUCCUGGGGACGACACGCCCUCUGGUGGCGACAUUGUUGAACCUCAAGCAAUGGACAGCAACCCUGUCACAUUCAGCUCAGAAGACAUUCCUAUCGUCGUAAAGUGCGGUCCAAAGCCUUCAAACCUUUCAACAAAUUGCAUGCCAAAGAAAGCUCCUUGUUUAUUCAACAUUCCCGUUGAUCCCUGUGAAUACCACAACAUCGCGGAUCAAAAUCCAAACCUUGUUGAGAUGCUUCUUCAGAAAAUCGAAGACUAUAGGAAAACGUCGGUUCCACCGCGAAACAAACCAACCGAUCCUAAUGCCAAUCCCAAGUACUACGACGGGGCCUGGAGUUGCUGGAUGGACAAACAGACCUUCUAACAUUUAAUAAUUCUCAUUACGUAUUUCCGUUGUUAUGCUAUUUUAUUGAAGAGCUGGAGUCCCUAGCUUGUUUUCUGGUAUUAUAGCAACUGCCCAUGGACAACAAAUAUUCUCUGGAAUGGGUGAAACGUAUAAUGUUUGGAACUCAUUUUUAUUGGAAGGAAUGGCAUAUAUACAGGAAACCAGGAAACAAUACCGUAUCUGCAAUAACAAAAACGUUCUUCCGCGUCUUUCACAAGCCCUUUGCUCUAUGUACCAUGACGUUUUAUUUCCAUUUAUUCCAAACAGCAAUAACAUUUAACGUCAAUGCCACAUACUGUGACUGCCGCCUAACAGGUAACCGGAGUCAAAUGGUUGUUUGCAGUUCAUGUUGCUAAUGAAUAACGUAUUAAAUUGCAUUAAAUUCAAGCAGUCUUCUCGUGGUAUGUAUUAGUACCUCAUUGUGCAGACUGUCAAUUAUUUGUCAUAUAAGUGAUCAAUGCACCGUUGUGAAUUGUUUAAAUUUUGCCAAAAAAUACAAAGAUACAUUUUGAUUUGAAUAUAUACCAGCGUAAACUACAAUGGCAAUAAAACUGUAAUAGAAGUCACCUAUUUUAUAUUUAGCUAAAAGUGUCUGAUUGCAGAUGGUGGUGCAGCAUUUGCCGUAAUUUGGAAUCCUUUUAACACAA